AUGUCAUUGCUCGAGAGCCGAACCGUUCCUCUGUGGAUCGGCAAUGAGGCUGUCUUGUCGGGCAUUACGUUCCCUGUAACCAACAGUGCUACCGGUGAGUCCCUAACGGCACACGGCGCUACACCAGAGGUUGUUCAGAAUGCAGUGGACAGUAGCUACCAAGCCUUUAACACCUGGAAGCGGAGUAGUCCAUGGCAGCGACGGGAGCUGCUCACCAGGGCGGCGAAUCUGCUACGAGAGCGUCGAGAAGAAGCGGCAGCUAUCUUACGGGUCGAGACUCCAAUUGACGAUUUCAUGGUCCAUCAGAUUAAUAUUCAGACCAGUAUCGACCUCUUGGAAGAACUAGCGGGUCAGAUCAUGCACACCACGGAUGCUAUCGUCCAGCCCAGUAAGCAAUCAGACGACAUGCUGGCUAUGGUCUUCCGAGAACCUCAAGGUGUUCAAGUCGGCAUUGCGCCCUGGAACGCCUCAUUAUUUCUUGGUAUGCGGGCAGUAGCAACGCCCAUCGCUUGCGGCAACACGGCGAUUCUCAAGGCAUCAGAGAAGACCCCAAUGGCUCAUCACUUCAUCGGCCGGCUUUUUCACGACGCAGGCUUCCCAGCGGGUGUCCUCAACGUCAUACAGCAUUCCCAGGAAGACGCUGUAUCGAUUGUGAACGCCCUCGUCUCGGACAGCCGUGUACGGAAGAUUAAUUUCACAGGCAGCACGGCCGUGGGCAAGAUUAUCGCAGCCAACGCUGCAAAGCACUGCAAACCAGUUUUACUAGAACUAGGCGGCAAGUCUGCACAGCUCGUGCUAGAGGAUGCUGAUCUCGACAAGGCAGCGCAGGCAGCAGCUAUUGGGGCUUUCACACACCAUGGCCAAGUAUGUAUGUCGACGGAGCGGAUCCUUGUAAGUGAAAGCGUCCUCGACAAGUUCUCAGAGAAACUCGCCGCAACUUCGAUGCAGUUGAGUGAGAACAUUUGCCCUGGGGCUUCAGUCGAACAUACAUCGAAGGUCACAUCACUUCUAGAGGAUGCCCGGGCAAAGGGAGCAAAAGUUCUAGGCGGGGGAGAGGGUGCGCAUCAGGAUGGCUCUUUCUUGACGCCGCGGAUACUUGUCAAUGUGACUAGAGAGAUGAAGAUCUGGCAUACUGAAACAUUUGCCCCAAUCGCCCUGCUCAUCCCUUUCAGCACAGUCGACGAAGCCGUAGCACUGGCCAAUGACACGACGUACGGCUUAUCGGCAAGCAUCUACACGACCAACAUCCCACUAGCUAUUGAGAUCGGACGGCGUCUUGAGAGCGGUUCAGUUCACAUCAACUCUAUGACAAUCCAUGACGAGGCGCACAUACCUCACGGGGGCGUCAAGGAGAGCGGUUGGGGCCGAUUUGGGGUGCCUUGGGGAUUUGCCGAAUUUACACAAUUAAAAACGAUCACCAUCACAGAUACACAUCUGGCAGGCUAAAAGGGAAUUUUACGAACAGUAGCUAGCUCAAAAUGGGACUCAGUGUAACCCUUACAUUAAACAUACAUCAUAGUACUCGUUGU